CCACCCUCAUAUUUCCCAUCUUCUUUACUCUUCUAAUCGACACUACAAAUAGAACCCAUCUUCCUCUUUCUCUCUCCACAAGCAUCUCUCUCUUCUUUCUCUCUCUAUUUGUUUUCUUCUGUUCGGUGCCUUUGAAAAGCAGUCAGUGAUUUUUUUAUUGUUUUUGUAAGAGAAAAGGAGCUGAAACCCUAGGAAUCGUAGCGCGUGUGGAUAUCUAGGGUUUGGAUCUGUUUGAUUUAGGUUUUUUGUAAGAAAAAAUGUCAUCUCUCAGCAGAGAAUUGGUGUUUCUGAUACUCCAGUUUCUCGAAGAGGAGAAAUUUAAGGAGUCUGUUCACAAGUUAGAGCAAGAAUCAGGAUUUUUCUUCAAUAUGAAGUACUUUGAGGAGAAAGUACAUGCAGGUGAAUGGGACGAAGUUGAGAAAUACCUGUCUGGAUUUACUAAAGUUGAUGACAACAGAUACUCCAUGAAAAUCUUUUUUGAGAUAAGAAAGCAGAAGUAUCUUGAAGCUCUUGAUAAGCAAGACAAGGCAAAGGCUGUUGAGAUUCUUGUGAGUGAUUUGAAAGUGUUCUCUACAUUCAAUGAGGACCUUUACAAAGAGAUCACUCAGCUGUUGACACUUACCAAUUUCAGAGAGAACGAGCAGCUUUCGAAGUAUGGUGACACCAAGACAGCACGUAGCAUAAUGUUGAUAGAGCUGAAGAAAUUGAUCGAAGCAAAUCCUCUUUUCCGUGAAAAACUUGUUUUCCCGACUCUGAGAUCUUCGAGAUUGCGUACAUUAAUCAAUCAAAGUCUCAACUGGCAGCACCAGCUUUGUAAGAACCCAAGGCCAAACCCUGAUAUUAAGACGUUGUUUACUGAUCAUACAUGCACUCCUCCAAAUGGGGCUGUUGCACCUGCACCUGUUAAUCUUCCACCUGCAGCUAUUGCAAAACCUGCCGCUUUUACAGCACUUGGUGCACAUGGGCCCUUUCCACCCGCAGCAGCAGCUGCUGCAAAUGCUAAUGCGUUAGCAGGUUGGAUGGCGAAUGCCGCUGCUUCUUCAUCUGUCCAAGCAGCUGUUGUUACAGCAUCAUCCCUGCCUGUUCCACCAAAUCAAGUUUCAAUUUUGAAGCGCCCCCUCACACCUCCAGCUACACUAGGUAUGCUUGACUAUCAGAACGCUGAUCAUGAGCAAUUAAUGAAACGUUUACGACCUGCACAGUCUGUGGAGGAGGUUACGUAUCCUACAGUUCGUCAGCAAGCCUCUUGGUCCCUCGAGGACUUACCAAGGACAGUAGCUUUUACUUUACCUCAAGGAUCCUCGGUCACUAGCAUGGACUUUCAUCCUUCUCAUCAUACAUAUCUGCUCGUUGGAUCCAGCAAUGGUGAAAUAACGCUUUGGGAAGUAGCAACCCGGGAGAAGUUGGUUUCGAAAGCAUUUAAAAUAUGGGAUAUGCAAGCGUGCACUCUGACAUUUCAGGCUUCUGCUUCCAAGGAUGCUCCAUUUUCUGUAAGCCGUGUUGCAUGGAGUCCAGAUGGGACCUUUGUUGGUGUGUGCUCUUCCUUACUUUUGUUAUUAUAUAUGUUCUUGUGGAUGUUCAUAACUGUACUUUGUAUUGCAGGAGUUGCAUUCUCUAAGCAUUUGGUCCAUCUGUAUGGCACUAUUGGAACAAAUGACUUGCGCCAGCAUUUGGAGAUGGAUGCCCAUGCUGGGAGUGUCAACGACUUAGCAUUCGCUUAUCCAAACAAACAGUUAUGUGUAGUAACAUGCGGAGAUGAUAAGUUGAUUAAGGUGUGGGAUAUAACAGGAAGAAAGCUGUUUAAUUUUGAAGGACAUGAAGCUCCUGUAUACUCCAUAUGCCCUCAUCAGAAGGAGAACAUUCAGUUCAUUUUUUCUACUGCUAUAGAUGGGAAAAUAAAAGCUUGGCUGUAUGACAAUAUGGGAUCCCGAGUUGACUAUGAUGCUCCUGGUCAUUGGUGUACCACCAUGCUUUAUAGUGCUGACGGAACUAGAUUGUUCUCUUGUGGAACUGGUAAGGAAGGUGAUUCUUUCCUUGUGGAAUGGAAUGAAAGUGAAGGAGCCAUAAAGAGGACUUAUACUGGGUUUAGAAAGAAAUCAGCUGGUGUUGUGCAGUUUGACACUACUCAAAAUCACUUCUUGGCUGUGGGUGAAGAUAGCCAGAUAAAAUUUUGGGACAUGGACAACACUAACAUUCUUACGACUACAGACGCCGAUGGUGGUCUCCCGAGUCUUCCACGCUUGAGAUUCAACAAGGAGGGGAAUCUUCUUGCUGUUACUACUGCUGACAAUGGGAUCAAGAUACUGGGAAACGCUGCCGGUCUGAGAUCCUUAAGGACAGCUGAAGCCCCACCUUUUGAAGCACUAAGAUCACCCAUUGAGGCAGCUGCUAUUAAGGGUUCUGGCUCUUCUGUUCCAAAUGUAACUCCUAUCAAUUGUAAAGUUGAAAGAAGCUCUCCUAUCAGGCCGUCUCCCAUCCUUAAUGGAGCUGAUACUGUUCCCCGAAGCAUGGAGAAACCAAGAAUAUUGGAGGAUAAUUCAGAUAAGGCCAAACCCUGGCAGUUGACUGAAAUUUUAGAUCAAGCUCAAUGCAGGAUGGUUACCAUGCCUGAGAGCUCAGAUUCAAGUAACAAAGUUGCAAGGCUUCUUUAUACAAAUUCCGGUGUUGGUAUCCUGGCACUUGGUUCGAAUGGUAUUCAAAAGCUGUGGAAGUGGGCUCGCAAUGAACAAAAUCCAAGUGGCAAGGCCACUGCUAAUGUUGUUCCGCAAUACUGGCAACCGAACAGUGGUCUUCUUAUGACUAAUGAUGUCUCAGGUGUCAAUUUGGAAGAGGCUGUUCCUUGCAUAGCCCUCUCAAAGAACGACUCUUACGUAAUGUCAGCUGCUGGUGGAAAAGUUUCACUAUUCAAUAUGAUGACAUUCAAGGUAAUGACAACAUUCAUGCCACCUCCGCCGGCUUCGACUUUCUUGGCGUUCCAUCCUCAAGAUAACAACAUUAUCGCCAUUGGCAUGGAGGAUUCAACAAUCCACAUUUACAACGUUAGGGUUGAUGAGGUAAAAUCUAAGUUGAAGGGCCAUCAGAGGCGCAUAACUGGUCUUGCUUUCUCCACCAACCUCAACAUUUUGGUUUCAUCAGGUGCUGAUGCUCAGCUCUGUUUAUGGAGCAUUGAUUCAUGGGACAAGAGAAAAACAGUUCUUAUUCAGCUGCCUGCUGGUAAAACACCUAGUGGUGACACUCGAGUACAAUUUCACGCGGACCAAGUCCGCUUGCUAGUAUGCCAUGAAACACAGUUAGCAAUUUAUGAUGCAUCAAAGAUGGAAAGAAUUCGCCAGUGGGUUCCUCAAGAUGCACUUUCUGCACCAAUAACCUACGCGGCUUACUCCUGCAACAGUCAACUAGUUUUUGCUUCCUUUUCUGACGGCAACGUUGGUGUAUUUGAUGCCGAUACCCUAAGACUCAGAUGUCGUGUUGCUCCCUCAGCUUACUUGUCCCAGGCAGCAUUGACUGGAAGUCAAGCUGUGUAUCCGCUAGUAGUUGCAGCACAUCCACAGGAAUCCAGCCAAUUUGCAAUUGGGUUGACAGAUGGAACUGUUAAAGUGAUUGAACCCCUGGAAUCCGAAGGGAAGUGGGGCGUAAGUCCACCUGUUGAUAACGGGGUAUUGAAUGGCAGGGCGGCCUCCUCUUCGACCGCUAGCAACCAUGUAGCCGAUCAAGUUCAAAGAUGAAAUAUGCUGUAGUUUGUCAGUGACAUUCUUUUUGUGUAUCUUAUCCGUAUAGGUUUUAGUCCUCCACAUCUCUUGUAUCCCUUUUCAAAGUUGUGAUGGCACACCUCUUACUCUUAGAGAGAUACUUUUAAAGUUUAUUAUGUGUUUUUUUAUUUAUAUUUUUUUCUCGAUAGUUAAAAUAUUAGGGGAUAUUCUUCUUUCAGCCAGUGACAUUUGGUUGAAGGUCUUGAAUGUCACAGGAAAUACCUCAGUUUAAAGGAGUUAAUGGAAGUUCUCCAUUCUCGCUC